CAAAGCCAGUCAGUCCCGAAGGAAGGGUCUGAUAAACCCUCGUCGCGCAAACGUCGUGGGGAUCCUUUUUGCAACGCCGUUCUAUCUGCGAGGAAGUCUGAUUGCACACAUUCCAUCAUCGUCGGAUUGUUGCAGCAAUCUUCUGCAAUCUGAAGGUGUCGUAGAGAUGGAGGCGCUUCGCGGGAUGUCGCUGGUGAGGCCAGGAAUGUGUGCCUUGGCACCCUCCAAGCUUGGCUGCGGCAUCACGCAGAGCAGCGCCUUGGUGAAGAAGGGGACCAGCACCGGAGCGCAGGGCAAGAGGCCGCUCGUAGUGAGGGCAGCAGCCGCUAAUGCCGACGCUAUAGAGAAGAAGUAUAAGAUUACGGUAUUGCCCGGAGAUGGCAUCGGGCCGGAGAUUAUCGGCGUGGCCGUGGAUGUGCUGCGGCUUGUUGGGUCCCAAGAAGGUUUUGGCUUCGAAUUUACCGAGAAGCUGGUCGGCGGAGCAGCUAUCGACGAGCUUGGAACUCCUCUGCCUGAAGAUACAUUGAGCACUUGCCAACAAUCUGAUGCCGUGCUUCUUGCUGCAAUUGGCGGGUACAAGUGGGAUAAAAACCCACGCGACAUGAAACCCGAGACCGGCCUGCUAGCGCUUCGUUCUGGCCUUGGUGUCUUUGCUAAUCUUCGACCUGCUGUUGUGCUCCCACAAUUGGUGGACUCAUCAACCCUAAAACGGGAGGUCGCUGAAGGCGUUGACAUCAUGGUCGUCCGCGAGCUCACUGGAGGGCUGUAUUUUGGUCAGCCAAGGGGCUUCAAAGAGACCAAUGGAGAGCGUGUUGGCUACAAUACCAUGGUUUACUCAGCAUCAGAGAUUGAUCGCAUCGCUCGAAUUGGAUUUGAAACUGCAAGGAAGAGAAGAGGGAAGCUUUGCUCAGUUGACAAGGCUAACGUUCUUGAGGUCUCGCAGUUAUGGAGAGAGCGAGUCACAGCCAUGGCAUCUGUGUAUCCAGAUGUGGAGUUGUCUCACAUGUAUGUUGACAAUGCAGCCAUGCAACUGAUUCGCAACCCCAAACAGUUUGAUACUAUCGUUACUGGCAAUAUCUUUGGUGAUAUUAUAUCCGACGAAGCUUCCAUGUUGACAGGGAGCAUAGGCAUGUUACCUUCAGCUAGUAUUGGAGAAUCCGGUCCUGGUUUGUACGAACCCAUUCAUGGAUCAGCUCCUGACAUUGCCGGCCAGGACAAGGCAAAUCCUCUUGCUCAAAUUCUGAGCGCAGCAAUGCUUCUACGGUAUGCCCUGGGAGAAGAAAAUGCUGCCCAGAGGAUUGAGGCUGCAGUGAUGGGCGCUCUUGACAAGGGUUUCCGCACUGGUGAUAUUAUGUCUCCUGGCAUGGAAUACGUUGGGUGCAAGAAAAUGGGAGAUAUUGUGCUUGAAACACUAGAAGCUUCUCGACCAGCUACUGUUUUGCAUUGAGUAAUAACUACUACGUAGUAUUCCCUGAUUCUUCUGGUUCAGUUGGGGAGAGUAUUGUUCCCAAGUUACCUUACCGAAGCGUAUAGAAGCCAGGGAAUUUCAUCAGGAUUAUAGAGAAGCAAGAGAUUGAAGUCUAGAUCUUUCUUUUGAGGCAUUUCUUUGUUUUCUUUUAGUAACCUGAUCAACAUGUCGUAGCACCAUUUUUUCCAUACUUGAGACAUAUGCCGUACGACGUACUUAACUGGGACCAUGCUGUAUAUACCUAUCACAUGUGAGGUUAAAAUAACCAACUAAUUCAUAAACCCUCA